AUGCAGGCAUUUGGUCGAUUUCUUUUGGAUCUUAACUGGAAUGUACUUUCGCAGCUACCCGAUUGUCAAAAAAUGUGUGACCUGUUUUAUGACAUUAUUCUCAUGGGUUUGAAUACAAUUUUUCCCCAAAAAUCUGUUAAACUUCACUGUAGAGACAAAGCGUGGAUUACCCCUGAAAUCAAACUCCUCAUCUCCCAACGACAAAAGGCCUUUGCCUUGGGAAAUACAAUUGAAUACAACAAAUUGCAAAAUAAAGCAAUUCACGUCGUGAAACAGGCAAAGUCUAAAUACUUCGAGUCUCAAGUGAAUCAUCUAAAAAAUUCAAAGCCAAGGAAAUGGUGGAGUGCUAUUAAAAACCUAGCUGGCUUUUCUUUAAAGCCUGCCUUCCAUUCUGCAGAGGUGAAUGGAACUAUCUUGCAGGGACGAGACUUAGCACUCGCUGUUAAUAACGGGUUUUUAGCCGCCACUAAAUCGUUACCACCGCUUUCAAUUACUGAUAAAUUAUCUGUGGAAGAACCUACUGUUUUGUACCCUAUCUCCGUUGUUGAUGUCGAAUCGCGUUUAAAAGCAGUUAAAUCGAAUAAAGCUCCUGGUUCAGACUCUCUGCCAAAUUGGAUUCUCAAUAACUUUUCAAUGGAGAUUUCAGAACCUGUGACAAUGAUUUUUAAUGCCUCCAUUAAACAAGCACAAGUUCCAAUGCAGUGGAAAGAAGCAAAUGUCGUUCCCGUCCCUAAGAUAUCCUCGGUCACGGAUAUAUCUUCAGACCUGCGACCUAUAUCUCUGACCGCCACGCUCUCAAAGGUUCUUGAAUCAUUUCCAUUUCAAUGGAUUAUGGAUACCAUUAAGUCUCAGUUGGACCCGAAGUAA